AUGAUUUCUCGGAUUGGUGCAAACUUGUUGAGAACGCCGUUGGCUUCCUCAGCACCUACAGUUCGUUUUUAUCAUGAAAAAGUGAUUGAUCACUACGAAAAUCCACGGAAUGUUGGUAGUAUGGACAAGAAUGAUCCCACAGUUGGUACUGGCAUUGUUGGAGCUCCGGCUUGUGGAGAUGUGAUGAAACUACAGAUCAGGGUAUGUUUUUAAUUUAGUUUUUAUGAAUUUAGACCAAUACUGUUUGGAGAAUGGACUGUUUUAUAUUAUUCAUGAACGCUCUUGGUGCUUAAAUUAGCAUUGUUGUUGCCGCUUGUUGGAAAUAUCGAGUAAUGAAUGCUAAAUGUUAAAAGAAUGUUUAUGAGUAAUAUAUUUUGUGUUGAUUUUACAAAGUUUUGUUACUUCUAGAACUUGAUACAAUUAUUUUUGCGUCAACUUUCAUGGCUAAUAUAACAUUUUUGCUAAUUUACAUGGUUUUCAGGUUGACGACAACGGCAACAUCAUUGAUGCCAAGUUCAAAACGUUUGGUUGUGGCUCAGCGAUUGCUAGUUCUUCCUUAGCAACCGAAUGGAUCAAAGGAAAGAAGAUUACCUUUGCCGAAAAGGUGAAGAACGACGAUAUCGCUAAGGAAUUGUGCUUGCCUCCUGUCAAACUUCAUUGUUCGAGUAAGUUUUUGAUUUUCAGUUGUAGUUUACGGUUUGGUACGUUUUUUUAUGACAUUGGUUACCUGUUUUAAGGGUUUUGUCACGUAUGAUAUCGGUUUAAAAGGCUUUGGACAGUGGAAUAUCUGUUUAACAUGCCACUUUUUAAUUUUCAUCAGUUUUUGUUAGCUUUUUGAUACAAAUUAUGACUUCUUUCAGUGUUGGCUCACGAUGCCAUUCAAGCGGCGCUGAAGGACUAUCAGAAGAAGCAGCAGAAGACGGACGAGUAA